AACAAACAUGGCGGUUUAGUGUGCUGGUGCUUAUGAGGUCCGCUACCUCUUUUGAUUUUUCGAUGCUUGCUAACUUGUUUACUUGACUAAGCAACAUUGUCUCAAACAGGUCAAGAUGUUUCGCCGGUCCAGAUUUAGUGUUCGCCCUAAUGUCAGUACUGUGGGCAGAACGACAGCUGGAACAUCUCAGGAACCUCCAGCAGCAGCUAAUCACGAGGUUAGCGAGAAGCCUAAAGAAGCAGGGGAUGGUGCUGCAGCUGUGAUCGAUAAAUCCAACGGGACACCGUCAGAAAACAUCACAGCUUCAGGAGAUGGAAAUGAACAGAAUGGGGAAGGAACAAGCUCCUCGGCAUCAGUCCAGAGAAGGAAGCGGUUUUCCAUUAAGCCCAAAGUGACCCCUGGCCGCCCCCCUGCUCUCACUCGUACACCAAAGUCUCCUGUCAAAGCUGCCUGUGCAACUCCUGCUGAUGUUUCUGGCUCAGACACUGAGAAGCCAUCAACUUCCAGCAAAGCUGCAACAGCCACAGCUCCUCGAGGACUCCAGUCCCCAAGACGACGAAGACUCUAUGAAGAUGGCAAGCAGCUCAAAGUCCAGUCCGUACACCAUCCGCCUGUAUCUUCUGAAACGUCAGGAACUGUGACCAUUUCUUCACCUAAAGACUCAUCAGAACAAACCCAUCUGCCAACAGCUGGCAGCAAACAAGCAGAAAACCCAUCAGGCUGUCAGGUUAAAGAAGUUUCUCCCAGACUGCCAGAGAAAGUACCACCAUCUCUACCAGAUAAAGAAGCUACAGAGAUGUCAGAAAAAGCCAAGACUCUGAUAUCAUCCAAACAUGUGGUGUCAAUGACUCCAUCAGCUCUCUCCUUGAGCCGACUUCUGAAUGACCCGUCAGAUGUACAAAGACUGAUGAAAGCCCAGAAGCUCAGAGAGUUACUGAGGCAUGAGCGAUUCAAAGAAAAGAAAUUCAAGAAAGCAAAAACUCGUCAAAAGGAAUUUACUUUAGAUCCCACCAAAAUGACAAUGAGAGACCUCAUCCAUUAUCUCCCUUUGUCUAACCCCAUGAUGUCUAAUUUAGAAGGCGUUGCUCAAGAAGAUGAAACUGUGAUCCCACCUUCACCGAGGAGAGAAAAGUCUCCAGAGAGGGCACAGCAAGCCGGAGUCCUUCCUGAUCCAACAACUUUAAGGGAGGAGGAAGAGGGGGGAGAUGCUGCGACUGAGGAAGAGCAGGAUGAAGCCUUGAUGGUUCCUCAGGUUAAAGUGGCAGAAGAUGGCUCCCUGAUCAUUGAUGAAGAAAGCCUAACGGUAGAAGUCCAGCGAGCCAAAGGACCAAAUCCUGCACAGGACCGAGAACCCAUCUUUGAACGGGGCUCCACCACAACUUACUCGAGUUUCAAGAAGGCACAUUACGCAAAACCCUGGUCUAUAGAAGAGACAGACAUGUUCUUCCUGGCAGUUAGCAUGGUAGGAACAGACUUUUCCAUGAUUUGUCAGCUGUUUCCACACAGAGCUCGAUUAGAGAUAAAGAACAAAUUCAAAAAGGAAGAGCGAGAAAAUUCCUGGAGGAUUGACAAGGCUUUCAAAGAGAAGCGUAAACUGGACUUGGAAUACUUUACAAAGCUGCUGGAGAAAGUUAUGGAGUUUCAGAAAAACAAAAAGAAACUCAAGUCUCUUUCUAAGAAAAACGCCACCCAGAAGAUCAGGACUAAGGCAAAGCGCAAAAAAUCUGCUAAGAGCCUGAGUGAUGUGGAGGAGGAAGAGGAGGAUGAAAGUCUUGAGUCAGAGGACGGGGGCGAGAAGGAGAAUGAAGACCAGUGUAAUGAGGGAGGAGUUCCUGCUUCUGAUCCGAAGAAAAGUUGUAAAAGAAAGAAAAGAACAGAAAGCUUGACUGAGGAACCAAAUGAAAAGAUAACCAAAAUGGGUGAAGCUGAUGUACCUGAAGACUCUGAGACAGCUCUUCCUGAGGAUCAAACAAGUUCAGACAUGCCUGAAAAGGACGCAGUCACCAAACCAGCCAAGCUCUCGCGUGGCAGAGCCUCAAAGCCGCUGCUGCCGCUGGGCUUGAAGCGAGGUAACAAGGUCCCCCCUGCCAGGAAAUGCACUGAAGCAACAGCAAAUAAAGAGGAGAGCAGCUCGUGUGACAAAGCCUCUGAAGAACAGGUGAAUGAAGAGAAAUCCGAUUUGAGCUGUGCCAACAGCAGGAAGUCUGCCAGUGAUGAAGUUUCUUCAGAAGAUGAGGCUGCAGUUAAACCUCAGAGACCCACCAGAUACGGCAGAGUCCCCAAACCUAUCCAGCCCUUGACUUAUCCUUCUAAAGAGGAUCCACAUGCCUCUGAAUCUGAAACCACGCCUGCAAAAUCUAAAUGUGUUGUUAAGAGAGGAAAAUUGUCAACACAACAAUCCUCGCAGAAGGUCAAAAAGCCCAAACUGGUCACUAUCAGGUCCUCCAAGUCAGACUUCAGUGAUGAGGAGAGUGAGAACGAGUUUGAGAAUAACCAGAUGGAAGGUGAGCACCUUGGAUGCAGGUCCAGUAAAGAUGCUGAAGCCUCUCUGUUUGUACCUUCAAGUCUGCACCUCACAAAUAUGGUGGUCUCAGAAGUGGACGAUGCUAUGGUAGAGCUUGACAUCUUGGACAGUAUGCCUGAUGUGCUGGGCAUCUCCCAAGAUGCACUGUUCCCCGAUUCCUCUUGUCAGAAGGCACAAGAUGACACAGGCACUGCUGAGCCAUGUGAACAUCAGUUGGACCUGCUGGUUGAUGUUAUAGACUUUCUUUCAUCAGAACACACAGAAGAUUCCCCAGACGAAAGCUACAAUGAAGCUGCUCAGACUCUUUUGACCAUUGGCAACCUGACUCAUGACUCCCAGUCAGCACAAAGUGAAAUGACCACACAGGAUUUUACAAAGGAAAUAACACUAGAUGGUGUGAAUGCAUCUGACCAUUCUGAAGACGAUAUGGCUCCUUCUGCACUAGAACAAAGUUCUACAACUUUACUGUGUCCAACUUAUGAUCAAGACGUCAGAGAAGCAUCUCAGACUGUUUGCAUUGUAGGAUUACAAAGCAGUGAAAUGGACUUGCCUCAUAUUGAAACCAGUAUUCAGACAUGCACUGAGCUGAGUACAGAUCCUGUCUCUCAAUUAACAUCAGAUUCAAAGAGCUCAAAAACAUCUCCAGUCCUGAAAACAAGAUGCUUCGUUAAGGUAAAGCCUAAACCAAAACUUAGUCAAACUUUGAGGACAUCUCAAAAGAAAACUGAGCAACACGUGGUUAAUGAAAGAACAUCAGCUGAAGAAGUAACCCCAGAACAAACUGCUCCAGCAUUACUAGAAGAUAACAUUUCUUCUACUGAAGUCAAAUUAUCAGAAGGGAUGUCUUCUGUUACCCAAACCUGUUCUUUGUCUGCACCCCAAUUUGAACCCAGUAGGAAUCAGACCACCACAGAUACAAGAACACCUGACUCUACAGAAGAAAGACUGAUACUUCAUGGUGAAACAGCUAAUACAUGCAAUUCAGCUGUAGCAAAGAGUCAUCAAGAGUCAUCCACACUUUCAGAUCCACUCCAGGAAAGCAGGGACAAGCAUGCUCCACGUGCAUCUGAUGAGGAUUCACCUGUCAGUCAAAAGGAACAAUGUGAAGUUGCAACUUCCAGCAAGCCUAAGGGAAACAGAUUCCCAAAAAUCAAACCCAAACCAAAUCUAACUCGGACAGCAAGAGCUGCAAGAAAUAAACCUCAAGUCAGUGAAGAGACUGUGGAGAAAGACACUCUUUCAUCAUUGAAACCAGAGACAGAAAGCUCGUCUUUUAGUUUGAAACACACAAAACAAGUAAAGAUACAAAGCAAAGUUGCUAAUCAGGCAGAAUUAGAUGUGACAUUAGAUCAGAGUGCCACAGAAAACCAGAACAUUUCUGAAGUGCAGCUCACUGAAGACUCUAGGUUAACCUCCGAGUUCACAGAAGAAAACUUCAUGCCACAGAUUGGAUCAGCUGACCCGACUGUUGCAGAAUCACAGCUUCCAGAAGGCUCAAAUGUAGCUUUAGAAGCAACGCAAGAAAAAAGUGACAAUCCUGCGACUUCUAUUGAUCCUGUAGAAGAACGAACAGUUAAUAAAGUUGCAUCUACUUGUCAGCUGAGGAGGAGUCGGACACAAAAAACUAAACCCAAACCAAAAGUGCCACAGACAUCAAGAGCUGUAAGGUCUAAACAUCAAACCACGGAAGAGCCGGGAGAGAAAGGUUCAUGUCCUGGUUCAAAUCCUGAUGUCCCUGAAAAGAAAAUUGCAGAGUUGGAACAAAAAUCAACGUCUACCUUUGAUAAACAAACAGAAAGCUAUGAUUCUGCUUCAUGUUUAAAGCCACCACUCACUUCUGGUUCCUCUGGAACACCCUUACAAGAAGAUCAGACAAAUAUUGGACAAGAUCAGAUAAAUAUGGAGACAGCAUCAGAUCAGAGUGUUGUAAGAAAACCAAACUUCUCAGACCUUCAACCUGAAGAAGUUGCAAAGGAAACCACCAGUGAUACAGGAUUUAAUUCUGAAUUCACAGGUAAAAACCUUUCAUUCCUUGUUGAAACAAGUGAGAGCAGCUGUAAUAACACAGUUGAUUCAGUGGGAGUAGAAGUUCACCCACAUUUACAGUUGGAUUCAGCCCCAGUUCAAGAACAAAGUGGUCUUUUUAUCAAACCUGCACAAGAUUGUAAAGUUGCAUCUGCUUGUCCAUCGAAGAGUCGUCAAUUACCAAAAAUGAAUCCAAAACCAAAUGUGCCACAAACGUCUCCAAAGUUUAAACCCUUAGAAGAGCCAACAAAAAAGGACUCGACUUCUAGCCCAAAUGUUGAGUCUCAGAAAAAGAUAAUGACAAAAGUGCAGCGAGAACCAACAUGCAAGUCCCAACGUGAAAAACAGACCCAAGAUCAGUCAAAGGUCCAUUUUGAGCUGGGUGUGGAGCAGGUCGCCAGAGAUGUGAAGUCUUCUGAGUUCAAAGAUGCAAACUUGACGUCCCACGUUGGAACAAGUCACAAGUGUCAUAAUGUGGCAUUAACUAGUCAGUCAAUCACACAAACACAAGAUGGUCAAGAGUCAAAUCCAACGUCUGUUAGAAGUGGACCGCCUGCAGCUUCACAAGAAUUCCUCAUUCAGGAGAAAGAAGUUGCGUCUGCUUGUCAGUUAAAGAGGAUUCGAUCACAAAAAAUUAAACCAAGACCAAAUCUGCCACAGAUUUCAAGAACUGCGAGGUUAAAACCUCGAGUUUCAAAAAAAGCUUUAGACCAAGAUUCAAGCUGCACUCCACCGCCUGAUAAAACAACCAACGCAGAGGUGGAAACUCAGCCGUGUUUACCUGAAAAACAAAGUGAAGACACAGAUGUUGGAUCUGAUGGUGGGCUGGAUUUGGGAACUUCAGUUGAGAGUACGUCUGGAAACCAAAACCUUUUUGAAGUUCAACCUGAGCAGAGUUUGGAGCAGGACGCCUCAGAGAUGAAUUCUUCUAAGUUCAAAGGUACAAAUCUGACGUCUUAUGUUGGAACAAGCAAGAUUUGUUCAUAUACUGAAGAAACGGCUGACUUGAGGUGCAGAGAUUCACAAGUUGGAAAAAGGGCAACUCUAGAUUCAACUUCACUCCAAGACCAGAGUGGCCAUCUUCCUGCUUUAGUUACAUCUGUGGAGAGGUUGGCAGUCGGUAAACAAGAGGGUGAACCUGACUUAUCACAAGACCAUGUCACAGCCAUGCAACAUCUGGACAAAACUCAAAUUCUCAUCUUGAGCUCUAAAUUUUCAGACAAAACAAAAGAAGAAGAAGCAGAACCUACUUGUUCUACGUGGCUUCCAGAUAACUUAAACCAAAACAAACGUACUGACUCUUCUCCAGUUUCCUCACAGCUACUGGAAUCAGCUCCUAGAUGCACCGAGGAGUCGUCUUCAUGUAAAGAACAACUGAUGCCAAACAUUGGGCAAGUUGCAGCUUCAGAGGACGCAGAACAAAUUAUUCCUCAAAGGAGGCAGCGGUUUCCAAAGGUCAAGCCCAAGCCCAAUUUAGGAUCAGUUAAAAUCACCCGCAGAAAUCUUCAAUCAGUUGACGGCAGUAAGCAUUUAGAAAAACAACUCGUGGACUCUUACUCAAUUGUGACAUCAGAGCAACAACCCAAGGAAUCGACUAAGAACAAAAUGUCAAAAGAUGAUGGCUUGGAGACUGAUUUAGCUUCCUCUGAGCAUGGCAAGGUGAAAAUGUCAGACACCCAGCCGGUAAUUGAUCAGACUGGAAUUACAGAUGUCCAGUCUACAAGAAAAGAAACUACUUCUAUAUCCCACAAGACCGACUCAUCUGAUCAAAGCUCUGAUCAGAUGCCAUCAGAAAUGACUGCAAGUAAAGCUCCUGCAGCUCGGAGAGGACGGCUUAUUAAACCCAAACCUAACCUGCAACGCAGCAGCCGUCCUCAACAACCCCAGCAAGUACAAAGCACAAAGCCAACAGAAGCAGACUCCAGUAGUUGCUCAAGAGGAGUCGGUGCAUCUGUUGAUCACACAUCUGUAUGUGAUCUCAGACCUGAUCAUCAGGGGCCAAGUAAAGGAACUGUUGAGAAACUAGAUCAAAAAGACUCCAGUUCAAAUGAUGCUCGUUCUUCUCUUGGUUUUGUGACACAAUCUACCACACAGGAUGAAUCAACAUCAAGUGCUGAGGGGAUUUUUAGUCAUCCACUCAUAUCAGAAUUCCUGCCAGCCGAAGUGCCUUCAGAUCCAGAUGAACCAUUCUUCAUCCUCUCUCUGACUGCGAUCCCAGUCUCAUCGGUUGUGGAGGGGGUGAACAGUGCAUCUGAACACCUGCCAGGUCUCACUGUAACAGAUUCAUUAGUACAUCAACCAAGCACAUCUCUGGAAGCAGCAGGAGAUGCGUUUGUUUCCACAAAGGAGAGAAGUGUGGGAAUCUGUGUAGACAUUGGCCAAGAACCAGCUAUAUCCCAACAAGGUAGCGUGGUAGUUGCCUGUGUGUUUGUCACGUUAACUAAAUGA